AUGGCCGAAGGACCUAAUCCAGUUGAUCCAGUUGUUGCUGAUCUCGAGCAAGAGGUGACCUGUGGCAUCUGUCAUGACCGCUACCAGGAGCCAAAGCUGCUCCCUUGUUGUCACUACUACUGCAAGCAAUGCAUCCUCACACUCUCCAGUCGCUACCAACCCAACCAGCCGCCUUGCCCCGACUGUCGUGAGCCCACUCUGUUGCCUGACAACAACCCAGACAGACUGCCCACUGCAUUCUUCAUCAACCGGAUGAAAGCACUCCACUCGAGGAUGGAGAAAGCUCACGGCAAGUUGGAGACCACCUGUGAAGUGUGCUCUGGGGGAAAGGCCACUGCAUUCUGCCGACAGUGUGUCAAUUUUAUCUGUGAAAAAUGUGUAGAAUCUCAUCAACGUAUGAAAGCCGUGUUUGCUACACAUAUCGUCUCCACUCUGGACGAGCUCAAACAGGGCGGAGUGAAAGAACUAACAUUCGAAAACCUACCACCCCCAAAAUGUGAUGAUCACGAAGAACUAAAAAAGAUUUUCUGUUUCGAUUGCAACAAGCUCAUCUGUCGAGACUGUAUCGUUAUUGAACACGCUGGACACAAUUACGAAUUUGUAAAGAAAGCCGCCCCCGCAACUCGCAAAAAGCUGACUGAGCACCUCUCCCCACUCAAGAACCUACUGCCUGAUCUGAGCACCGCUGUGAAUCAAGUGAAAGGAACUAAACAGAAGAUCCAGGCCCAGAAAGAACUGACAGAGAGACAAGUGAAUGCCAAGUUCCAGGAGCUACACGAUAUUCUCGAUCGAUGCAAGGUCCGUGUUUUACGAGAAUCUUCUGCUUUGGCUGAUUCAAAGAUGGAGAAGCUGGCGGCUCAAGAGAAGGGUCUGGACCUGUCCCUGGGCACUGCUCAGAGUUUGAUUGACUUUGUAGAGCGUACACUGGAGAAUGCAAGUGAUGAAGAACUGAUUACGAUGCAAGAGCAGGUGGUGAGUCGAAUCGAUGCCGAGGUGGUGAAGCGAGGCCAAUCCUGA